AUGAUAUCUGCAAAGAUUCAGACCACCCCAUCAUGUUUCAAUUUCAUAACCACCAAUCCUGCCGCAAUGCGUUCUCUAUCAUUACCUCACCCUUUCCUUCCCUUCAGCCGCCGCUUCUCUUCGGCAUCGACCACCUGUGUUUCAGUGGGUGGCCCAACCUCAGUUGCAUUAAGAUGCUCGUCACUCUUAAGCCCAUCUUCUUAUGCUGAUGAGGCAAUAAAGUUCGAAGAAGCUUCACGAAGUCGAAAUUUGAUUCCUUUAUAUCGAUGCAUAUUCUCUGAUCAGCUUACCCCUGUUCUUGCUUACCGGAUUUUGGUCAAGGAAGACGACCGGGAGGCUCCAAGCUUUCUUUUCGAGUCUACAGAGCCCAAUUUUCAAGUUUCAACUGUGGGGCGUUAUAGUGUUGCAGGAGCUCAGCCAACAACUGAGAUUGUAUCAAAGGAAAACAAGGUUACAGUAAUAGAUCAUGAACUUGGGACCUUAACUGAGGAUAUUGUCGAUGAUCCCAUGGAAAUUCCCAGAAAAAUCUCGGAGGGAUGGAAACCCCAUUUCUCUGAUGAACUUCCAGACGCAUUCUGUGGAGGUUGGGUUGGCUAUUUCUCAUACGAUGCAGUUCGUUACGUGGAAAAGAAAAAGGUCCCAUUUUCAAGGGCUCCUGAGGAUGACAGAAACCUCGCUGACAUGCAUCUCAGCCUCUACGAUGAUGUAAUUGUCUUUGACCAUGUCGAGAAGAAAGUACAUGUGAUUCACUGGGUGAGGCUAGAGAGGUACUCCUCAGCAGAGAAUGCUUACGAAGAUGGAAAGGAACGGUUAGAAAAAUUAGUGGCCAGAUUACAGGAUAGCAUCCCCCCAAAGCUAUGUCCAGGUUCUGUCAAACUUCAUACUCGCCAGUUUGGUGCUCCUUUGAAGAACUCAAAUAUGACAAGUGAAGAAUAUAAGGAUGCAGUUCUUCAAGCAAAAGACCAUAUUCAAGCAGGGGAUAUUUUUCAGAUCGUUCUGAGUCAGCGUUUUGAACGCAUAACAUUUGCUGAUCCAUUUGACAUAUAUAGAGCACUGAGGGUGGUUAAUCCAAGUCCUUAUAUGGCUUAUUUGCAGGCAAGGGGAUGCAUUCUGGUUGCUUCCAGUCCUGAGAUUCUUACACGUAUAGAGGAGAAGAAGGUCGUGAAUCGUCCAUUGGCUGGGACAACUAGAAGAGGGAAGACAAUUGAUGAAGAUGGCAAGUUAGAAAAGAAACUGCUGAACGAUGAAAAGCAAUGUGCAGAGCAUCUAAUGCUGGUGGAUGUGGGACGCAAUGACGUUGGGAAGGUCUCAAAAAGUGGCUCAGUGAAAGUGGAAAAGCUUAUGGAUGUUGAACGGUAUUCCCAUGUUAUGCACAUAAGCUCAACGGUCACCGGAGAGUUGCAAGACCACCUGACUGGUUGGGAUGCCCUGCGAGCAGCGUUGCCGGUCGGAACCGUCAGCGGAGCGCCAAAGGUGAAGGCGAUGGAGUUGAUUGAUAAGUUGGAGGUGAGGAGGCGAGGGCCAUAUAGCGGCGGAUUUGGGUGGAUAUCGUUCAACGGUGACAUGGAUAUCGCACUAGCUCUGAGAACAAUGGUGUUUCCGACGGGAGCUAAGAAUGAGACAAUGUACUCGUACAAUGACGUGAACAAGACACGCAGAGAAUGGGUUGCGCAUCUUCAAGCCGGAGCUGGUAUUGUGGCAGACAGUGACCCAGACGAUGAGCACCAAGAAUGUCUCAACAAAGCUGCGGCUCUUGCUCGUUCCAUUGACUUGGCUGAGACUGCUUUUCUUCAGCCAUUUUGACGUCCUCUGCAUCUCACUCAACUCAACCUUGCCGAGACAUUUUGGGAUUGGAGAAAUAAGGUCAGUCCAUCUAAGUGUCAAUAAAUCAAGCUAAGCAAACUACCUUGUAGCUUAAUGGUAUAGAAGUUUAGUUU